UUUAAAAGCCUAACACCCUCUUCCUCCUGCCAUUCCCUGGCCUCUUUCCAUCCUCCUCCGCUGAGCCUCCGCCUGCUCCCAGACAGCCUCACUUCUUUCCCUAGGCUGCAGCCAGCAGAACCCCUAACCCGAUCGAGCCCAGAGCCCAGGGGGAUCAAGAACUUCAGCCCCAGGAUGUUGGCAACAUUGCUGCCGCUACUACUGCUGCCUGGCUGGGUCUUCUGUAGCCAGGAAGGCUCAGAGGGCCCACAGAGCCUCCACAUGCUCCAGAUCGCCUACUUCCAAGACCCCUAUCACGUGUGGUACCAGGGUAAUGCGUCGCUGGGUGGACAGCUGACACACACGCUGGAAGGCCUGGGAGACAACGUCACGAUCCUCCAACUGCAGCCCUUGGAGAAGCCCGAGAGCUGGGCACGCACAGAGAGCGGCCUGCAGCUCUACCUGCGCCAGUUCCAUGGCCUCGUGCGACUGGUGCAUCAGGAGCAGAAGCAUAGCGUCACCUUUCCUCUCAUCAUCCGCUGCUUCCUGGGCUGUGAGCUGCCUCCUGAGGGCUCAAAGGCCCAUGUCUUCUUUGAAGUGACUGUGAAUGGAAGCUCCUUUGUGAGUUUUCAGCCAGAGACAGCCCUGUGGGUGGCAGGCCCCCAGACACCCUCCAAAGUUGUCACUUACACCCUGCGGCAACUCAACGCCUACAAUCGUACUCGUUAUGAACUGCAGGAAUUCCUGCAGGAUACCUGUGUACAGUACGUGCAGCAAUACAAACAGAUCGCCAUAGAUAAUUCCAAAGGGAGCCAAAGAGGCCGCUCCUACACUUCACUGGUCCUGGGUGUCCUGGUGGGCAGUUUCAUCAUUGCUGGUGUGGCCGUGGGCAUCUUCCUGUGCACAGGUGGACGGCGAUGUUAAUUAUUCUCCAGCCCCCUCUGAGAAAGCUAGAUUGAUGGGGACUGGCAAGAGAAGGUCUCAGUCACGUGAAGUCAAACAGACUCUCCAGUUGGGACACCAUAUCCCAGAAGGUUUGAAGUGACAACUCCUUUCUUCUUCCAGAUCUUCCCACCAAGAGACAUGGGGAAGCUAAGGAGAUAAAGUACUUGGUUUGCUAAGAACCUAAGAACUUUCCACUUUAUUGAAUUGGUCUGAGAAGUGAGCGUUUAUCAAUCUUUGUGAAAAGCAAACAAUGGAGUUGGGGCAGGGAGUGUUUAUGACGGUUUGUCCUGAGAAGAGAGACAGAAUUGCCUGAGGUAUUCAAAACACAUAACCAAAUAAAACAAGUUGUCCACAACCAAAAUAAACAACAUUCAAUGCUUCCAGGUGUGUCCGACUUAGGAAGGGACACUGGUAUUAUAGAAGGAAAUAACCAGAGACAUGGUGGAAGUGUAAAAUCCAAGCAAUUUGGAAGCAAUGAGUUAUUAAUCAAUUAAAUAAUAUUAAUAAAUUUCUUGCUGGUGUACAAGACAUAAUCUCCCCCCUGCUUUAUGAAACUUCUGGAAUAGUGUCCUGAACAUCCUUGUUCUCCCUUCCUCUUCUCCAUCUCCCUCUUCAAUCCACUUUCUAGUCCAGCUUCUCUAAACUGCAGCAAGAUCACCAGUAACCUGUAAUUGUCUAACUCUCAUCCUCUAUGCUAUCUGCAACAUUUAACUUUAUGCAUUAGAGAACUCUUUUUUUAUUUAACUUAUAAGAGAUCAUACUUCUAAUUUACAAAAACUGUUCUGGCCACUCUUUUUCAAUCUCUUUGAUGAUGUCAUCUUACUCGAUUCACUCUGGACAUGUUGGCUUCCCUAGAAUGUCACUUUUUGACUUCUCUUGUUCACCUUAAAACUAUGCCCUUCCUGAGUGACCUCAAAUACCAUCUAUCUGUGGCUUCAGAUACCAUCUAUCUGUGGUGUGGUUUCCAUGGAAGAGCAAUAUUAUUUUAUCUUUAAGAGCAUGUGUUUUGUCAUCAGACUUGAGGUUUACUUCUUUGAGCCAGGAAUUUAACUUAUUCAAGUCUCAGUUUCUUAAUUCAUAAAAGAUAUAAUAAAAUAUACAGAAAGGUUGUAAGAAAAACAAUACCUACCUCAUAAAGGCAGUGUAAGUAUUAGAUAAUAUAUGUAGCAUAUAUAUUGUUGAUAAAUACAGCAAUGGCUGCAGACCUACAAACCUCCCAUCUGCCCUGAUUCUUGAAAAUCACCUUUACCUUAAUAUUUUGCAGACAUUUCAGAGUCAAUAUAGUCAAAAUUAAAUUUAUUAACUUUCUGCCCAAACUUGUUCUCUCUCUCUCUCCUGCUGUUUGCUGUUAGUAGGUAACAGAAUCACCAUCAAAUCAUAUAAAUGUAGAGACCUAAGUGUUACCCUUUAUUUACUCCCUCUUCUUAUACAAAACACAGUAUCUGUAGAAUCCAUUCCCUCCUUUCCACCCUAGUGUUUUUGUUCAAGAUACCAUAAUUCUUUUUUCUCUGUGUUAGGCACAGAAGUGUGCCACCCAGUUCAACCCCCAGUGAAGACUCACUGUUCACCUUCAGGGAAUAUAGCUAGCAGAGCGUCUCCUGUUGCUUUAGUGUCUGCCUUAGCUGCAAAGAGUAGUCCUGCAAAAGGGCUGCCCUCAUCUGGUAACUGAGCAAGACAGGGAUAUAAAGGUCAGCCAUUUGGGCCAACUGCAGGACAACUCUGAUGAGCAGUUAUUCACUCCAGAGCUCCCUGCCAGGUUGGCUGGGUCUUAAUUGGAUCUACAAUGCAGUUUUAGCUUCUCCAUCAGCUCAUUCCUGCUUCUUCCCUUUAGUAAACAUAUUGUACCUCAAACCCUUUUACUUCCAGAAAACUUGAUGUGUGUAUGCAUGAAUGCACACAGGUGUAUGGAUAUUUCUCUCUCUCUCUCUCUCUCUCUAUAUAUAUAUAUAUAUAUAUCUAUCUCUAUCUCCAUCUCCAUCUCCAUCUCUAUCUCCAUCUCUCCCUCUCCCUCUGUCUCUCAAAAUUGAGAAUUUUCCUCAAUAUUUUGCCUGGACCAUGCUGAUGCCCUCAUCCUAGGUUUUCUCUUCAUCUCUAGUUUCUCUGUUCUAAUGCAUCUCUCAUGCAUUAGAAAAAACCACAGACCUGAUGUCAUUUUUUAAAAAUCUCCCAUGCUUAAUUGAGUUAAUUUCAAAAUCCUCAAAUGAUAUUCAAGGCCUUGCACAAUGCGGCCCCAACCCCAAUUGCCUAAUUUUAUUUUCUACCAUUUCUCUCUACCCAAAUGUGCUCUGAGUUAUUUAUUUUAAAAGCAUAUUUCUAGGUGGAAAAAAUAAUCCAGCAAUCACAAUACAGUUUACAAAUAAAAGGAAAGUCCCCUAUUUUCUUUCUCCUCAAAUCCUUACCCCACAGAUAUGCUAAAUGCUUAGUUAAAAGCAUCAGAAACCAACUCUGCAAACUUAAGAGGGAAAUAAGUACAUUGGAAGGUCAGCAAGUAAUCCUCAGAGCUAAUGGGAAGAUCAGCUAAUCAAGAUCAGAAAAUAGAAUCAGGGAUCACAACCAUGCCACAAGAUUAGUCUAGUUAUGAAUACCACAGCAGGAACCACUGCCUCGAUCACCAAUGCCUGCUGCCAUCUCAAUGAGUUCUCCUCUGUCCCCUUUGCCUUCACAUCAUUUGUUCAAGAUUCAGAGUCCUGAGUGGGACUGUCCAAAUGACCACUCCUAGAUCAUGUUACCUUUGCCUUAGCAAUAAGGUAGGAGGAGGGUAACUUUGGUUUCUCUUAUGGGAAGUGGGACCCUGUCUCCCAUUAAGACUCUCACAGAAAACCUGGUAUUGUGGAACAUACUGUAAUCCCAGCAGCUCGGGAGGCUGAGGCAGGAGGAUUACAAGUUUAAGGUGAGCCUCAGCAACUUAGCAAGACCCUGUCUCUCUGUCUCAAAAUAAAAAAUAAAAGGAUCUAGGAA